AUGCAGCAUGACCUCGACUUGCAAGGAAUUCUCAAACAAGGCAGGUUGUUUGAAGAGGUCGAGUACAACAUCUUUGUGAUCGAGCAAGAACGACUAGUCCAGAUCACGUACAGUGUGGGAGAGGUGCCAAACAGACUGGAUCCGAGAGUGGCCUACCCAGACCUUUUCAAGGGAGUGGGCUGUCUAAAGGACUUCCAAGUACACCUCCAUGUUGACCCCCUUGUUCAACCAGUAGCACAACCUCACAGACGCAUCCCCUUCUCCAUGCGAGAGCCACUGGAAGAAGAGCUUGAAAGGCUACAGUCCCUCGGGAUAAUUGAAAAGACUGAAGGACCAACCCCUUGGGUAUCUCCAAUCGUGUCAGUACCGAAACCACAUGACCUCGAGCAUAUUCGAAUGUGUGUCGACAUGCGCUGUGCUAACCAAGCCAUCCAGCGUGAGAGACAUGUCACACCGACAGUGGACGACAUCCUUGUUGCCUUGAAUGGAUCCAUCUUAUUCUCUAAACUUGAUCUGAAAGAUGGAUACCACCAAUUAGAACUUGAUGCAUCAUCUCGUGUGAUCACCACAUUCUCUAUACAUGCUGGACUCUUCCGAUACAAGAGACUCAACUUCGGAAUCAACUCAGCAGUCAAAGUGUUCCAGGACACCAUCCGUCAGGUUCUAACCAACAUCCCCAAUGUGCUCAACGUAAGCGAUGACAUAUUGGUGUAUGGAAAGACUGAGAAAGAGCAUGAUGAAGCUUUGAAGGCGACACUGGAAUGUCUACUUGCAAGUGGCCUCGCAUCAACGUCAAGAAAUGCACAGGAACUUACCUUUUUCGGGCAUGUAUUCUCAAGCAAAGGUGUACAACCAGACCCCACUAAUGUGUCUGCAGUAAUCGGUGCCUCACCACCCAUCAGUGCCCGUGAAGUGAAAUCUCUCCUUGGACUUGUUAACUGCUGUGGUCGGUUCAUACCGAAUCUGGCCCACCUCACCGAACCACUCAGGAAACUCACAGCCAAAGGAGAGGACUGGUGUUGGACAGACAUACAGCAAGAUGCCCUGGACGAACUGAAGAGAAAGCUUUCCGAGGCCACAGCUCUUGCCUACUUUGACCCAGGAAAGGACAUCACACUCAUUGUAGAUGCUGCUCCUCAUGGCCUAGCAUUCCACCUACUGACAGACCACAAGCCUUUGGUCAGUAUUCUCAGCAACCCCCGCUCCCUGCCUUCAGCACGGCUAGAGCGUUUGGCACUUCGAAUUCAACAAUACACCUUUGAAGUGCAGCACACUGGUGGUCCAAACAACCCAUCUGACUACUUGUCCCGCCACCCAGUAAACUCCACAGAACCAUUUCGGCGCAUGGAGUCUGUCGCUGAGCAGUAUGUGAACUUCAUCGUGUCUCACAGCCUACCUCGUGCCAUGACCAUAAAGGAGGUAACCGAAGCGACGUUAGCAGACCCGGUGAUCAACUCACUCAAGCAAGCCCUAAAGCAACCCCAGAAAGGCAAACAUUGGAAGAACACAACUCUACAGCCUUUCUCUCACGUUGCGACAGAACUGUCAGUCUCCAAAGAAGGCCUUGUGUUAAGAGGCACGCGGAUAGUACUGCCAGCACAACUUCACACAAAGGCGGUGCACCUUGCACGUCGAGGCCACCAAGGCAUUGUCAAGACAAAACAGCUGUUGCGUGAGAAGGUGUGGUUCCCAGGGAUAGACUCUCUAGUGAACCAGACAGUGAAGAGCUGCCUGGCAUGCCAAACUAACACACCGGUACACCAUCGAGACCCUUUGCCAAUUCAGGAGCUUCCUCAAGGCCCGUGGACAGAACUGUCGUUAGAUUUUGCUGGCCCUUUCCCUGAUGGCAAGUAUGCCAUGGUAGUUGUGGAUGAUUUCUCCAAGUACCCAGUCGUUAGCAUCUUACACACUCUUGCAGCACCUACAGUCAUCAAGCAACUGCGCACUAUAUUCGCUCAGUUCGGCUGUCCGGAAAUUGUUAAGUCAGACAAUGGCCCACCCUUUCAGAGUGAGGGUUUUGCAGAGUUUGCUAGCGAGCUUGGAUUCAAGCAUCACCGCAUCACUCCAAGGUGGCCAGAGGCUAACGGGGAAGCAGAACGAUUCAUGCGCACCCUCAGUAAGUCGAUACUCGCAAGUCGUGUCAGCCACUUGGAUUGGACCAAUGAGCUUCAGUCGUUCCUCCUGGCUUACAGGUCCACGCCCCAUGGUUCCACAGGAAAGUCUCCGUUUGAACUUCUAUUUGGGAGACCCAUGAUGAAUCUUCUACCGACACUUGUUGCUGAUACUCAGAACUCAGCUCUCUCUGAGGCGAGACAUAGUGACAUCCAAAGAAAAGCAUACAACAAGCAGUACGUCGAUUCUCGGAGACACACCAGUCACAACCAGCUGCAUGUUCGACAACAAGUCCUCUGCAAACAAGACAGGUCAAACAAGUUCUCGUCUUACUAUGACCCCCACCCAUACACAAUCACCAAAGCCACUGGCUCCAAAAUCACAGUGUCCAGAGAUGGAGUGUCGAUUUGUCGCAACUCUAGCUUCUUCAAAGAUGCGAGCACAGUUCAAAUGGAACGACACCAGGACCAGCCCGACAUUCCAGAUCUGGACGAUGCAGCUGUGCCAAGUAACAAUGACCUUCCAAGCCACAGCACAGCUACUCCUGGUGAAGCUCCACCAGUAACUACCAAGACCGCCUCACAGCGUUACCCCCAACGAACAAGGCAACGACCUGAGCGCCUGAAAGACUAUGUGUGA